UUUAUGUCUGGGGAGGAAUUGAUCAAAGUGAGUAUUCCUAUCCCUGGAAUAUCUCCACAGCAAGCUGACGUCAAAAAACAACAUUGAGAGGUGCAGGGCUUUAUAAGAGCCGAGAGCGGCUCGUCAGCAAUAAGAAACAAAGACAAAAGAGGCAAAAAGCAACACACUGUCGAGGGAGAACAGCCAUCUGCAGGACUGUCUGAAUCCCCGGUGAUCCCAUUAGCAGGGAUAGAAUAGCCGAAGCACUUGAACUAUUUCAAGUACCAAGCAGUCAUGCCCUGUCUGAAACUCUGCACCUUCCUGCUUAUAGCCACGCUGUCCCUGAGCGCUUUGGACGGAUUCCAAGCUGCCCCGAGUAGAUACCCUGCACUUUCUAGAAGCCAAGGUGCUGUGUCCCCUGAGUUUGGCUCCUGGUUGGUUCCAGCAGUGAAGAAGAGGACAUUCAUGGGCUUAUCAGCAGCUUUACCUGAGGAAGAUCUUCUCAAUGCAAAAAGUAUACGUGUGAUGAAGAGGAGGUGCAACACUGCCACUUGUGUGACGCAACGUCUGGCAGACUUCUUGAGUCGAUCCAACAACAACUUGGGUGCCUUCUACUUGCCAACAAAUGUGGGAUCCAACACGUAUGGCAAGAGAGAUGCAGUGGGGCUGUACAGCAGAGAACUCUACAGUUAUCUCCAACGCUAGAGCUCAGAGCAGUCCAGGGCUUUUUUUUCUUAAAAUUAGAAGAUUAUUCCUGUAGCUCCAACAUCAGUA